GACUCAGCGGUUUACAUUUUAUCACGGCUUAAAGUUAUGCAGAAUUACUUGAGCAACAGGCCAUGAGUCAGAUCCACCCUUCACUCCUCCACAGCUCCACCCUCAUGUCCAAAUAUGGUCACUUCUGGAGAAAUGCCAAACUUGAGGCUUCAAACCAGUGUCCACCAACCAAUGGGUGACAUCAAGGUAGCUAUGUCCAUUUAGGUAUUUUAUAAGUCCAUGGUUGCAAUCUGCAACCUCACCACUAGAUAUCACCAAACCCAAGACCUUUAAGUUGUAUUCUGACACAUUGUAUUAUAUUAUAUUAUAUUAGCUUUUAUUCUGAAGGUUGCAGCCGGAAGUUCUGUACCAGUUGCCUUGACCCAGCUUUGUGUUGAGCCCUCAGCCCCUCCUGCAGCGGAGCAGCGUGUGUUCCUCCGGGGUGACGGAGACAGCUGGUCCUUUCCUGGUGCAGCAGAGUGAGCGGAGCGGAGACGACGCACCGCCUCCGCCCGCAGCCACGGACGGACACGGGCCGGGGAUGGCGUCGCUCGGCGUGGGGCUGCACCUCAUCCGCAAGCGGGGAGCGGGCAGGAGCGCCGCGGUGGAGAGGAGGAACCUGCUCACGGUGUGCAGGUUUUCAGUGAAGACUCUUCUGGACCGUUCCUGUUUUGAGACAAUAGACGACACGUCUCCAGAGUUCAUCAACUUUGUUUCCAUCCUGGAGCACAUCCUCAGUCAUCGACUCAAAGGUCAGACAACUUGGUUUGGUUAUGAGAGUCCUCGGAGUUUCUGGGAUUACAUAAAAGCCGCCUGCAGUAAAGUCCCUCAUAAUUGCAUCCGAAGCAUUGAGAGCAUGGAGAAUGUGCGAUCGUCGAGAGCUAAAGGCAGGGCGUGGAUCAGAGUGGUCCUGAUGGAGAAAAGAUUAUCAGAAUACAUCUCAUCUGCACUGAGGGACUUCAAAACCACCAGGAGGUUUUAUGAGGACGGAGCGAUCAUACUGGGAGAGGAGGCGGGGCUGUUAGCAGACACGCUUAUCGGACUCAACACCAUUGACUUCAGCUUCUGUCUGAAAGGAGAGGGUCUGGACGGGAGCUGCCCCGCCGUGAUCGACUACACGCCUUACCUGAAGUUCACUCAGAAUGCAGACAGCAUCAGCAGCGACGAGGAGGAGAUGAGGACUCUGGGGAGCAGCGGCAGUGAGAGCAGCACCCCUGACAAAACGGCCACCGCCGCCUCCAUCUUCACCGAGCAGAGCAACUUGGUCAGCAAGUGCAAACGCUUUGAGCAGAAGUACCGGAUGGCACUGGAGCAGAAGGGCUACCUAGAGGAGCUGGUCCGUCUCCGAGAGGCCCAGCUGUCAGAGGCCAUGUCUCAUAACAAAGCUCUUCAGCAGAGCCUAGCAGACACACACGUCUCCCACACACUGGAGAAAGAGCAGCUCGAGUACAUUGUACUGGAACUACAGGACCAACUCACGGUACUGAAAAACAAUGAUUUGCGGUCCAGACAAGAGCUUACUGCCCAUCUGACCAAUCAGUGGCCAUCUCCUGUCGUCUUGGAUGCCAACGCCGUUGCCUUGGACACGCUGCUGUACAGGAAGAGCACGGGACAGUGGGAGGAGAAGAGUUUCCAGAGCCUGGAGCAGCUGUCUGCAGACAUGAGUCUCUCCCAGACCUCACUUGAACCGGCACACACAAUGAGUCUAGAGGGCAGGCCGACCGGCACACACUGGCCCCACCAAGGUAAAGAGGAAACUCCAUCUCUAAAGGGUCUGUGUGGCUCCCUGACCUCAGUCGCAAGCUACAAGUCUCUGGCCAGCCUGAAGUCCAGCGAGUGUUUGGCCAGUCCUGCAACAGAGAUCAGCAGCCCGGGCUUCACUCCUUCAUAAGGAACAUAGAGCUAAAAAAACACAUCACAACCAGGGCCAGACAAUCCAGGAACUUUCUUAAUGUAGGUGUUUCUGAGCCUCUUUACACCUGGUAUUGACGUGCUUCUUGGGUGGUACCAUCACAAGUGGACAGCGCUAAGUACAAGUGUAAACAGCCACCAAGACGCACUGUGAUACGAUAACUCCAACCACUUGUAGAGGUGGUCGUGGUGAGACUCACAAAAUGUUAAUAAAUUCAAGAUUCUCUCUUUCACUGAACUAAGACUAACGUUAAGCUUACUUGCCUUGUGACCUCGUCGUAAAACACACUUCAUUCAAACUCAACAGAAACGAAAUAAAACUCACCAAAACCGUCUGACUUAGUUUACUUGCUUUUGGUUUAGUUUUUUAGUCCACUGUUCCAAUAAUCAUCGACUCUGGUUCGGUCAAAAUAAACCCUUAAAGGGCCAGUGUGUAAUAUUUGGCAUGGUUUAUUGUCAAUCUGAAUCUGAAUCUGAAUAUUCUACCCAUUAAUAUGUUUAUAUAAGUGUAUAAUCGCUGUAAAAUAAAAUUCAUUUGGUUUUCGUAGCCUUAUAAUUAUGCUUUUAUAUAUAUAUAUAUAGCAAGGGCCUUGCUUUAGAGAGGUCGCCAUCUUGCGCCGCCAUGUAUGUAAGGCAGACCGAGCGGACAAUCCAGCCAGCCAGAGAACGCGUUUCGCGUGUAUAAAUGAACCAACGAAGACAGCGGAAGGAAGGAAGAAGGAG